AUGCUAAAAAGAGGCGCACGCGUUUUGGAUGGAGGGUGUGGACCGGGAGCUUGGAUUCUUGAGAUGGCGACGAACUAUCCAAACUCUCAAUUUUUUGGUGUUGAUAUUGAACCAACCUUUCCAAGUCAAAUUAAGCCGGCAAACGCAAACUUUUAUCAGUGUGACCUGAUGCAGUUGGAACAACUAGAAUUCGAGGAAAACUCAUUUGAUGUAGUCCGAAUAUGUCUGCUGUUUCUUCUUAUUAAUAACAAUUAUGCCAAAGUUAUUGAGAAUAUGUUAAAACUUUUAAAGCCGGGCGGUUAUUUUGAAAUAAUAGAGUCAGAUGUUCCGUCCGCAAAUUGCGGACCAAAUUUUCUACGGCUACUGAAAAUUCUUGAACAAGGGUUAUCAGCCGAAGGAAUAAUCGGUAAUCUCUCAACAAAUCUCCAACAAGCGUUUACUGCCACUGGACAAUUAAAGAAUAUUCAACGAUUAGCAAAGGUAACGAAGCUUGGUCCACCUGGAGGUCUCGCUGGAAAAUUACAUAUGGACUCACUUGAUGAGUUCUUUGAUGGCAUUGUUGGGCAAGCGAUAGGUGAACGAAUGGAGAUGACACCAGAAGAGUACAAUCAGUUUUGGCAAGGAUGUAAAGCCGAGUGUCUUGAAUUCUCAACGGAGAUUAUGUUUGAAAAACUUUGGGGGGAGAAACUUGUUUGA